AUGGUCAACUGCCCCAAGACGAUCAAUGCCUAUUGUGUCAAGUGUAAAACACAUAAAGAACACAAAGUUUCACAAUACAAGGCAGGUAAAACAAGACGUACAGCUAAAGGUCAAAGAUUUUAUGUCAUUAAACAGAAAGGAUAUGGUGGACAGACAAUGCCAAUCUUUCACAAGAAGGCAAAAACCACCAAAAAGAUUGAUGUUUGUGUUGUGGGAGGAGGUGUAUUUGGCUUACAAACAGCAUUGAAAUUAGUGGAGAAGGGUAAGAAGGUUGCAAUUGUUGAAAGUGGACAAGUUGGUUCUGGAGUUUCGAAUAACACAACAGCUAAGGUUUCUGCACUUCAUUCCAUUAUUUAUUCGAAAAUUGAAAAGAAAUUUAAUAGAAGUGUUUCCUCCCAAUAUGCCCAAAUGAACAUGGCAGGCGUGAGAGAAAUGGGAAAUACUAUCAAGAAGUAUGGUAUCGAAUGUGAUUGGACUAAAUCAGAUUCGUAUACUGUUGCCCUUUCAGAUAGCGAAUUGAGAAUUGUUCAAGAUGAAAUUGACGCUGCCAAUCAUGCUGGUCUAUACGGAGUAGAUUACAUCUAUCCAGAUCAUUUAAAAGAAAUACCAUUUCCAAAUAAGGGAGCCAUUCGUCUAAAAGAUCAAUAUGUCUUCAACUCAUUUGCCUAUUGCCAAGGUUUAGCCAAAGCAUUAGAAAAGAGUGGUGUCUUUAUUUAUGAGAAUUCUCGUGUGCAUGGUGUAGAAUAUGCCUCUCCGCACAUUAUUUCAACCAAUGAAGGAAAUGUAAUGGCAGAUAAAGUUGUCAUUGCAACACAUUUACCAAUUUUAGAUAGAUCUGGACACUUCUCAGUGAUUGAAGCACAAUCUUCCUAUUGUGUUGCAUUCAAAAUGAAAGAAGGAGUCAAAGCACCUAUUGGAAACUAUAUAACUAUUGGAAAGUGCGACGAAUUUGGAAUCAAGUCAAUCAGAAGUGCAGAAAAUGGUAAAAUCCUCAUUAUUGCUGGUAAUAGCAACAAGUGUGGUGAAUUCCAUCCAACAGGAAACAGCCAAGAUAUUUACGAUAAUUUAAUCGAAUUUGGUUUUAAUAAUUUCAAAGUUGAAAAGGCAAUUUGUGGUUGGUCAGCUCUUGAUUACUUUACUGCAGAUACGAUUCCAUACUUUGGAUUAUUGCAUCAUGGUAUUAAUACUGUUUAUACGGCAACUGGUUGUAGAAAGUGGGGUUUCUCCAAUUUGAGUGCUGCCUCAUUAAUCGUUUCAGAUAUGAUAUGCGAAACUCUUGAUCCAGACACAACUGGCCUGUGGUCUCAAACAUUCGAUGCCAGAAGAUGGGAUCUCACCAAAUCAACCCUCUCAAUGGUCAAAUUCCAAUCCAAUGUUGCCAAACAUUUCGUCGCCACCAGAAUUCGUGAUGUUAUUAAGGCAAGAACAAUAGAUGAAUUGGGAAUUGAAGAUGGUGGAAUUUGUAAACAAGGAUUAGAAACAAUAGCUGCAUAUAGAGAUGGUAAGGGUGAAUAUCAUCUCUUCCAUCCAACAUGUACUCAUUUGGGAUGUCAUUUGGAUUAUAAUAAUGCUGAAAAGACAUUUGACUGUAGUUGUCAUGGAAGUAGAUUUAAGGCAACUGAUGGAGAAGUAAUUCAUGGACCAGCUGUGAAGCCAUUAACUCCAUUACCUUUGAAUAAAUUGUAA